UUAGGCUUCAGACUAUUUUAUAUAUAACUACGAGUUGAAACAAGCAACCACAAUUUGUUUUCGUUAACCAGACACAACAGACCAGCUAACAGCCAACAUGGUGAACUUUGAGGAAAUCGUAGAGAAAGCAAGGAAGUUCAGGGACACUUUAACCAAGGAGGAUUUCCUGGAAUUCUAUGGGUACUACAGGCAGGCCACAGAGGGCGAUUGCAACAUUGAGGAGCCAGAGGAUGAGGAGGAGAAGGCUCGCUACAAUGCCUGGAAGAGCAAGGCUGGUCUGACUCUGGAGGAUGCCAAAGCCCACUACAUCGAGGUGUACAAGAAGCAUGCUGCCAAAUACGAGUAGAAAAUGCAUUUAAAGAACUUUGCUUUAGCACGCAAAUUUAUAUUUUAUUUAUGCCACUAAUGUCCUUGUUAAACAAAUGGAUUUAUACUAUUUUUAUAUGAACGCUAAUAAAACCGUAAGCAUUUAGAAAAAAUUA